GUGUUUGUCCUGCAAUCAAUCUGCCAUCAUGUUUGCGUCUCUGCUCAAGUUAGACCUGGCCUCCGUGGGCUUGACUCUGUUUUUAGGCCUGAUUUUUCUGGUUGUGUUCGAGAUCUUCAGGAUUCGUUCCUACAGUGGUCGAUUUCCUCCUGGCCCAACACCUCUGCCUUUUGUGGGAACCAUACCUCAUUUCUUGAAGGAUUCAAUGGGCUUCAUAAGAUCUUUAUCUCAGUAUGGAGAGAUGACUACCGUGUAUCUUGGGCGAAAGCCGGCGAUGGUGCUUAAUACACUCCAGGUCAUAAAGGAAGCCAUAGUCCAAAAUGGUACAUCAUCUUCUGGAAGGCCGUCGAUACCGAUUUUAACCUGGAUCACUGAGGGAUAUGGAAUUGUAUUGGCCACAUUUGGUCACUCGUGGAGGCAGCAGAGACGGUUUGCUCUGCACACACUCAGAAACUUUGGUCUGGGAAAGAAGUCUGUGGAGGAGCGUGUGACGGAGGAAAGCGGUUACCUGGUUCCUGAAAUGCUCAAAUUGGAAGGCAAGCCCUUCGACCCCCAACAUGCAAUACAAAAUGCCGUUUCCAACAUUAUCUGCUCCAUUGUGUUUGGGGAUCGAUUCGAGUAUGAUAAUAAGCGAUUUGAAUACCUUCUGGAGAUCAUAAAAGAAAACAUCAACCAGGCAGGGUCACUUAUUGGACAGGUCUUUAACUUAAUUCCCAUUAUCAAGCAUUUCCCAGGGCCACAUCAGAAAAUCUAUCAGAACGCAGAGGAGUUGAAGUCAUUCAUCAGGGAAUCAACCAAAUCACACAGAGAAACUCUGGAUCCAGACAGUCCACGAGACUUUAUUGAUGCCUAUCUGCUGGAGAUGGAGAAACAAAAGUCCAGUCAGGACUCCUCAUUUCAUGAGGAUAACAUGGUUAUGUCAGUGGCUGAUUUGUUCUUGGCUGGAAGCGACACUACAGCGACCACCAUCAGAUGGGGACUCAUCUACCUGACUCAAAACCCAGAUGUACAAGAGCGAUGUCAUGAGGAGAUUGUUCGGGUUCUGGGUUACGACCGCUUACCAUGCAUGGAUGACCGUGACAGACUGCCGUACACGCUCGCCACUGUUCAUGAGCUCCAACGCUGUGGAAAUAUUGUACCAUCGUCUGUACCACAUGAAACAACUCAACCAAUGAAACUAAGAGGAUAUGACAUUCCCCAGGGAACUCAGAUGUUGAUUAACUUGUCAGAUAUUCUGGCUAACAAGGAGCACUGGAAGCAUCCAGACACUUUCAACCCUGAGAAUUUCUUAGACGAUAAGGGACAUUUCUACAGACCGGAGGCUUUUCUUCCUUUCUCCUUGGGUCCGAGGGUCUGUCUUGGUGAGACUCUGGCUAAGACUGAGCUCUUCCUCUUCAUCACGUCUCUCCUUCAGCGGAUUCGUUUCUCCUGGCCGACUGGUGAGAAGUGGCCGAACAUGGAUGGGAUUGUCAGCGUGGUUCGCUCUCCUGAACCAUUCAAAAUCAUCUGCCAUAGCAGAGGCUCAAAAGAGUGACCAUGCCUUUCUGACAUUUACAGACAUUUACAAAAAAAUCUUGUAGCGUUGAGCCUUUUACAAUAGAUAACAAUGGUGCUGUAAAACCACUGUAAGACUGUGAUAUUACAAGAUAUUCUGACAAGUACUGUCACCCCCUAGUCAGUACAGGUGCACACUAGCUGUAUAUCUUUCAUAAUCGACUUAUAUUGACAUAGAUCUGUGACACACACUAGCCCCUUUCACACAGUGAUACCGGUAAAUAUCCGGAAAAUUUCCGGAACGACUUUACCGGUAUGUUCAAAAAAACGCUGUUCACACAGGCGAGGACGUUACGGAAUUUUUCCGGAAAAGAGCAUUCACACAUCCAUUCCAAAAUACCGGUAAAUUCUGACAUCAUUCACCACAAAUGAGCUUUAAACGGCUGCGCUUGUAUUUGUAAACAUUUGACUAAAUUACAAACUCUGUGGAUGAUCAAUAUUGUGAACAACUUUCGCAGGAUCACUUUCGCAUGUCGAGAUGUUCAUAAUAUGUGCGUGUGCAGGCGCUCACAGGCUGUUUCACAGGCACACGCAAAGCUUGAAGGUAAACAAACAACGGCUUAUCAUAAGCAUCUCAUCGAUGAUUAUUUACACAGUUGGCAUUAAGAAGAACAUAUAAACGUGAUCUGACUAACUUCUAGCAGCUAAAUGUGUCUGGAAAAAUAUUCAAAGGCUUUUAUUCUCACAAACCGCGCGACGUAAAUGCGUCUGACUGUUGUGAUUGGCUAAAGCAGACGUUUCACGUCAGCAUGUUCUAGACGUGCACGCUCUUAUUACGGCAAUCUUUCUUCUGCAUUCACACAGCGCAGCAUUCCGGCAAAUUACCGGUAAUGUUACAACUUUUCUUUCCGGAAAAUAGCCAGAACGAAUUUACCGGUAUUUUCAAAAAGGACCUGUUCACACAUACAACCUUUCCAGAAAAUUGCCGGCAAUUUUCCGGAAAGGUCUGUAUGUGUGAAAGGGGCUACUGUUAGUGUUUAUAAUCAUGGACAUUAUUGCACUCUGUGCUUAAUUAAAAUAUACGCCAAAACACACA